CAGGGAGACGUCCUCGAGCGAUACUGAGGCAAGGUGACGGCGAACCAAGGAACAGCCGUUAACCCGCACCACCCCACACACUUAUCAUGGCGACGACCAACUCGCUCUCCCUCUCCCCGCACCCCUCACUCGGGUCGACACGGACCGACGAGCACGAGCUGCGCGCCGGCGCUGAUGCCGACACCGCGGGGCCCAAGGCUGCACAUGUACCCCCCGCCGCCAUCUCGCCAGAGGACAAUGCGAGGGUACUCCACAAGCUCGACCUGGUGCUCAUCCCGCUCACGAUGGGCGCGUACACCCUGCAGUAUAUUGACCGCUCGGCCAUGAGCUACGCCGCCGUCUUCACCUUCCGCAAGGACCUGCACCUCACGCCCAAGCAGUACGAGUGGCUCGGGAGCGUCUACUUCUUCGGAUACUUGUUCUUCGAGUUCCCCGGCUCGUGGCUGCUCCAGCGCCUGCCAAUAUCGAAGGUUAUGGGCGUGCUCGUGCUCGUGUGGGGCAUCUUGCUGAUGUGCAUGGCUGCCCCGCGCUCGUUUGGCGGGAUGGCGGCCAUCCGCACGCUGCUCGGCGCGUCCGAGGCGCUCGUGACCCCCGGGUUCGUCCUGCUCUUCGCCCGCUUCUACCGGCGCGACGAGCAGCCCCUGCGUGUCGGGCUAUGGUACUGCUGUAACGGCCUCGGGUCCUUCACUGGCGCGCUGAUAUCCUACGGCAUGGGCCAUGUGCAUGUGCGCGGCCUGCCGAACUGGGCGUGGAUUUUCUUGUUGAACGGCAUGAUCACGAUCGUGUUUGCGGGCGUGUUCCUGCUGCUGUGCCCCGAGUCGCCGGAGAAGUGGAGCAGGUUGACGCCGCAUGAGCGGCAUGUCGCGCUCGAGCGCGUCCGCGGGAACAAGAGCUCGCUGCAUGAUCGCCAUUGGAAGUGGGGCCAGGUGGCGGAGGCGUUGUUGCCUUGGCGGGAUCCCCAGGGCUGGGCGUAUUUUGUCAUCACGCUGUGUAUCACCAUCCCAAACGGCGGCGUCGCCGUCUUCCUACACUUAAUCCUCCAAUCGUACGGCUACAGCGCGUUCAAGACGAUCCUGUACGGCCUCCCACAGGCCGUCAUGCAGAUCAUCUUUCCCCUGUCGGGCGCGUACAUUGCCCGCAAGGUACCCAACGCGCGGUGCUACGUCAUGAUGGCUUAUAUGCUGCCUAGUAUCCUCGGCACGGUGCUCCAGUACCGCCGCCUAAGCCAGGGCGCGCUGCUCUUCGGCUACUACAUCAUGGGCGCGUACGUCGCGGCGUACGGCAUCAUCUUCGGCGCGCCCGGCGCCAACAUCGCAGGCUACACGAAGAAGGUGGUCGUCGGGGCCAUGAUAUUCGUGUCGUACGCCGUGGGCAACAUCAUCGGGCCGCACCUGUUCAAGUCGACCGAGAGCCCGCCCUACCGCACCGGCAUGCUGACGUGUAUCGUGUGCUUCUCGGCCGCGGUGCCCAUGAGCUUUGCGCUCCGGUGCUACUAUGUACGCGAGAAUGCGCGCCGCGACCGCCUCCAAGCGGCCAUGGGGAUGGCAUAUGAUCCCGCCGAAGGCGACUUUAGCGAUCGUACCGACGUCGAGAACCUCGGGUUCAGGUAUGCUUUGUAG